AUGGAUGUAGCUAACCUCUACACCACGGGACAAUUCCACCGGUUGGUGCUUUUCGCACCCCAUUGCUCCACCCCCAUUCUGAAACUCUACCUCUACCUCUCACUCGCAGCCAUUGGUCGCACUAGCCAGGCCCUUAUGGGUUUGAGCUUGGAAGCCGAGUACGUUUCUGAUCCUGGUCUCAAGGCAAAAUACCUAGAUGCUCUCCGGGAGGUUGGUCAUGCAAAUACGAGAUUAGGGGCAAAGUUCUCGCAUGAAUUGAUGUCGGAACUGUGGUCUACGCGGGCCAUUGUAGAGUGCGGAAUCUCGCGUGAAAGUCUACUCCGUCCUGUGGGAGUGGGACUGGCGGCCCUGGAACCAAAGGGUCUGGAACACUGUCAAGAAUUUGAUCUGCUGAAGCUUCCUCUGAUCUACAUCGCAAAAGCUCAUUUUCAAGUUGAUCGGUUCAGGAGGCUGGGAGCUUUUGUUUCGGAAUUGUCGUAUGCUCGGGCAUGUGAGGAAGACUACCGAGUUGCGGAGCAAAUGGAGAGAGCGAUCGACCGACAGAAGCAGAAGCAGAGAGAAGAACGGGGGAAAGGAAAAGGUAAAAGAAUGGGAGAAGAAAAAUCAGAAGAACAAGGAGGGAAGAAGAUAAAACCGAAUUUCGCAGAAGGUCAAGAGAACUAUAAGCUGGGCAAAUAUGAUGAGAACAAAGCUGAUAAAAAUUGGGGCCUCUUGAAGUUGGUUUCUGAAUUUGGCCCUCUAGAAAUGGUCCGAACCAAUCUACUCAAAGACGACACAUUUGAGAAAUUAAUGAAAACAUGCGACAUGGAUGAGAUUCUCAAUCAAUACGAGCCUUUAAACCCUCCUGAUUUUACAAGUCGAUCUACAAAUUGUGACUGUGAGGUUUUCCCUUGUUCUCAUGGUCCACGAUCGACAGUGAUUGACCUUAUGUCCUCUGGUAGAAGGAUCAGAAGCGUCUCUCAUGGGUCGGAUGAAUUCUUUCUGCGAUCACAUGGCAUGCCAGAAUCAACCAAUAUUUUGUCUUCCAACCUCUCAUCCAAACUUUUGUCUACAAUAUCACCCAUAUCAAUUAUUUCUCUCACACCAGAAUUUCUCAGCCGCCUUUCGAACACCCAAAUACUCGCAGCAGCGCUGUUCGCUCUUUGCAACCCGCAAGCCCACAACCUCACUUUCCUCCUCGCAUUCCACGCUUGUAGACAGAUGGACUCUAUAUGCGACAACCCCGGGACACUUGCAGGGAUCCACCAGUUCGAUGCCCUCACCAUGGCGAUCGUCGCUGGGCAAUGUGCAACAUCCAAUGCCAGCCCUGACAAUCUUUUCGACUUGCUCUAUUUUUUGGUUGCACCCCUACUAGAUCAGCACCGCGGAUCGUCUGCUGGCAAGAAAACGUGCACUAGUUUAGCGCGACGCACUGUCGGUACUGGCGACACUGGCGCCUCUACUCGCGGUGGCCAAACUGCCAACGGGGAGACUGUCUGUGGUCGCACAUCAGACUUCCAAGUCGAAAUGAACGGACACGGGCCACACCAAUUCCAUGAGGGUUGUGAACUCGGCCCAGAACGUGUUCCUGAGCAAAAUAAGAGCGUGUGCACUUGUGUUGGUGACAACGCACACGAUCUCGUACCAGUGGUGGUGCCUGGCGUACCUGACAGUUACAUAAGUGCGGAAGCAGGUCAAGUUGAUUCAGGCGCUAGCGCGACCCAACUUCAUUCAAACCCUGAAACCCAAUGUGAUUCACAUCAUGCGACCCGAAUUAAUUCGCGCUGUGGUGCACCCUACCCUUCACCAUAUGACCAUCAUCCACAACCAUUGGUCCAUGGAAUAAAGCAUUCAGCUGGCAGCGAUUUAAAUUGCACUCCUUCCUCUCCGUUCUGCAGUUCCUCACCGGAAUCCUCUCUUCACUCCCCAUCAACAACAACAUCAUCUCGUUCCCCAGUAUCUACUUGCAAAUAUUUCUCAGCAUCGUCCAUGUGCAUUACGACACUCUUACCUCUAGCAUCUCUUCGACGGAGCCACUACUUCUUCGCGUGCGGAAAUGUGUAUAGGCUACUCUUCCUUCAGUCCUCCGAUAUUGCGAUCCUGGCAUACACAGUCAAGUUUCGCAGCCACUCGUCCAACUACCUUAUUGAGGCGGCACGUAAGUUUAUCGUGGGUGUAGCAGGCCACCCUCUUGACGACCCACUUCUCUACAAAAAAUACGACCAGGUGCUUUGGUGCCUUCUACUAAGUGGAGGAAUUGACAUGGAAGUUAUUUGGGUGUUUCUUUCCGCCCGAUGCCAUUUUGCGCGCCAUGGAUGGUUUGUGUUAAGCGAUGGCCCCAGCCACUCGGAUUACUCCGGGGACUUCGUGGGUUGGCCCUCCUAUACUAAUGGCGCGGAGGUGCUAGACUCACUCAUGUCUUUCUGCCUCUGGAACUAUGGUAGGCACAACAAUUGGGAGGUAAAACCAGAGUCUAAAAGACAUCUCUGGCAAGAAAAAGUUGGGAUCGGUGUUGCGGCUAAUUUGCACGCGUCAGCGUUCUCCAGGCAGAAACUAGACACACAUGAAGGAUUAUACGAAGCAAGUUGCCAGGAAGAGCAGAAAAGGCAAAAUGACCUAGAUAGCUCAAACGGCCAAAAUGUACAGAGCCGCCAAAAUUACCACGGUGCAAGUGACAACGGCACCGAAACGUUUGAGAAAUCGGACAAACCCGGGAAGAAUAGCAGGCUAGGCUCGACAUCUGGAGGAGGAAGUGGCCCCAGUGAAUCUCAGGCUCAAGCCAAUUUUUGUUCCAGUCCGAAUCAAGAAAACACCAAGAAUGAUUGCCCAAUGCAAACAAUUAAAUUAAGGAAUUUUCAGGAUUACAACAGAAAAUUAUUUCUUCUGCCUACAAUGGUCGAUAAUGGCGACAAUGUUCUUGUGGCUGGGGAGUAUUAUCCUCAAGUUACAGAGUUUGUUCGAAAUGGGUGCGAAAUAGUACCUCAAGGCAUUAAGGAAACUCAGGCCCACUGCGAUUUGGCCCUGUACAAAUGUGACCCUCAAUGGGAAAUUUGGCACCAAAGGUCCAAUUUUUUUCAUUGCUCCGGGAACGAGCUUUCACUCAAACUUUCUCUGCAACACGAGUUAGUCAAAUUGUGGGCUGAAACUUAUUGUGAGACCCAUGGCAUACUCCCCGCACCCCUUCAGAAAUCCGUUCAACGACUCCUAGGAGUAUCCUAG